UAAGCGACAGAGAACGCUGUAGUAUACAGAGCAAAUUGCCGAAAUUUGUUAACAAUAAUAGCCAACAAGUAUUUACUUACAAAAUGGUUUUAAUCUAACUUGUAUUCUACUUCAGUGCAAAAUGUGUGGAUGCAAACAACCCCUAGUAUUCCUCUGGGUUAACGACUUUCUAGCCAAUAAUUAGUCAAUGACACAACAGUCCGGAGUUGGCCACGGAAGAUAGCAGCCCUUACUUGCACAUUUGCUGUCGUUUGCCAAUCAAGUGCAGAUACUUUUUGACCUUCAAAGACGAGGAAAAGACAAUGGAGAAAAACGAUGGCGUAUUGACGGAAGAAGACAUGUCCACCUGUUUGUCGAAACUGGGACGCUCUGCCACCGGACUAGAGUAUAUCUACCAGUUCCUCUCCGUCCCUGAUCAAAAUCUGAAAGAUGUGUCCAUCUUAAGCAAUUACAUCUAUCUUCAAAAACUCGAACUUCCGAACAACAACAUAAAAGAUUUGUCCUGUGUAAGUCACAUGCCCUACCUCAUCAUCCUGGAUGCCUCCCACAACCAAAUCACAGACUUCUUUGGAUUCAAGCCACCAAAGAAUCUCAAGGAGGUCAACCUUUCGCAUAAUCAGAUGUCAGUGAUGACAAACCUGUCAGAAUGUUCUUCUCUGAGUAUACUGAAACUGGACUACAACUGUUUCAGUGAGAUCCGUGGUCUGGAGCAUUGUGCCAGCCUCAGUCAUCUAAGUCUGGCACACAACAAGAUCUCCCACAUCAGUGGCCUGGACAACCUGCCCCUUAAAGAACUCUGUCUGAGGGGGAAUCGGAUUGAGACGAUCGAGAACAUGGACACUCUGAGGACCCUGCAGGUUCUGGACCUGUCUCUGAAUCGGAUCAGCAGUCUCUUUGGCCUGCAGAACCUCUGUCUACUGGGCUCCAUCAACCUGGAGAGUAACCAGAUCAGUGAAAUCAAGGAUGCCACACACAUCCAUGAACUGUUCCUUCUCCGGGAGCUGAAUCUGCGCAGAAACCCUGUCCAGGAGCAGCCUGACUACAGACUGGCAGUGAUCUUCCUCCUCCAGCACCUGGCUGUCCUGGACGAGGAGAAUGUCUCUGCAGAAGACAAGGUGUCGGCCACCAACAAAUAUGACCCUUCUAUGGAGGUAGUGGCGGCCAGGGAUCACAUGACCCACAUGGUGUACCAGCUGAUGCAACCGCAGGUCAUCUACGAUAGCACCCUUCCCAGUCUGGACACUCCCUACCCCAUGCUGGUUCUGACCGGCCCACAGGCCUGUGGGAAGAGGGAGCUGGCUCACAAGCUCUGCCAGGACUUCAGCCACUUCUUCGCCUAUGGAGCCUGCCACACCACCAGGGGGCCCUACUUUGGAGAAGAGGACGGGAGUGACUACCAUUUUGUCACGGAGGAAGACUUUCAAAACAUGAUUAACAUGGGACAGUUCAUCCAGACCGUGCAGUAUCAGGGUCACUGGUAUGGGUUGUCUCGCGCUGCCAUCGAAAACGCAGCCAGGCAGGGCCUUGCCUGCUGUCUGCAUAUGGAACUAGAGGGUGCAUUCAGACUGAAGAACACACACUUUGAGCCGCGCUACGUCCUGCUGCUUCCCACGGACAAGGAGUGGUAUGCUGGACGACUGAUGGCCAGAGGCCUGUACACUCACCCCCAGAUUGACACGGCCCUGGCCCGCGUGGACACCUACGCCCGGGUCAACGGGGAGCGACCUGGCUUCUUCGACCGCGUCAUCCCCUGCGACGACCUAGUGAAGGCUUACAAAACUCUGAGACAUGUUUUGAUGGAGUAUCUUGGAGAGGAGGAGUUGGAUGGAGUGGACCGAAGCAAUACAGCCACCCCAGACAACAUCUCCACAGGGUUGUCAAGGAACUACUUGGUGGACGAUGAGCUUCGCGAUCCCGUCCCCAGGCUGGAAACAGGCUUUAUGUCUCCCUCCGCUACGGAGACAGACCCCCCAGACCCCAGCUACCUCCAGCCCCAGCUCAGCCCACAGAAUACCUCUGUUGAGCCGGCCUCCAUCCGCAGGCGGCAGCAACGGGUCAGGGAGGCUCUGAUGGGGAGGAGCCCUGGAGCGUACACCCAGCUGUUCAAGAGGUGUCCUCAAACAGCUCCAUCAUCAUUAGCCUCUCAGUUUCAGCAGGACCCUGCCUUCUUAUCCCCCAUGAUGCCUAGAGCCAGCCACGCCCCAAAACACAACCACUCAGAAAAUAGCAGCUGUGAUGACUCCCGGGCCAGUUCUGGUCUCUCCAUCCCCAGCUCAGCAGGGGCCUUCUCAGAGACGGCAGGGCCAGCUGGGCGUUUGGAUGUGGAGCUGCUGAAUCUUUCUGCACUGGGAAGCAACUUGGACGAGCUUCAAGAUCAAGUGGAUUCGAGCCACCCUCCUGACAGGCCUCGCCAAGGCUCCGAGCGCCUCUCUCCAGCUGCCGUAGUACGACCAGGCUCCAACGCCAAACCCAUCCUACCCCCCAUCCCAUCGGGACGCAAGACCCCCGGACCCAGUCCUAGACCGUGAGAACGGAGAGAGAGGAGGAGUGAAGAGGAGGUAUUGAUGAGGGCGGGGCAUUCAAAUGUAGACCAUGAUGGCCUCAGUUACCACGUUUCCUACAUUCACAGAAUUCGGGCAGGAACACUUUAUGAUUAUUAUUAUUAUUAUUAUAUGAACCUGUUUUUAUUAGCUAAGAGGGUGAGGAGAGGUUGGAGGAGAGGGUGUGCUGGGUUAUCAACGGGCCUGAUACCAACCCACUCCUACUGGUCCAUGUGUUCUGGAGGCAGCUGUAUAGAUGGCCAGACCAUCACAGAACCUUGGCAAUAACCAUAGUCACAGGAUGGUAUAAACUACGGACAACACACUGAAAUACGCUCAUUCGCUUUUUGCAACCCGACUUGUACCAGAGAUGUUAUAUGUAGUUAAUGGCUUGUGGCUCUACUUGUCCCAGUCAUGGAUCAUGCUCUUGACUACAUGUGAUAUUGUUCUUGCCACAACCUGUCCUGCGGUCUUCAUGAGUGAAGAUGAUGACAGUGUAAUUAGAGUGGUGUUUACUUACACUGCUGCGGAAUUGCAGGUAAUCAAAUCAUAAAACCCACCUCAUAUUUUCAGCAGUCUUCAGAAAGGUUUAUUUGGCAUUCUUGAGAAAAGUUUAGUCAGCAGUCUAGAGAAAGGUUCAAUUGGCAGUACGAUACACCCACACCAUUCUGUUUUUGGUUUAUGCCCAUUCCAUUCUGUUUUUGGUUUAUGCCCACACCAUUCUGUUUUUGAUUAACGCCCACUCCAUUCAGUUUUUUGGUAAACUCCCACUCCAUUCUGUUGUUGGGUCACCCCCACAACAUUUCCUUCUUGGUAUAUUCCCACACCAUUCCUACACAAGUAAAAUGUUAACAUACCUAAUUACAAUUUCUUUUGGAAGGAAAAGUAUUUUAUUUUGUAUGUAUUAACUCUAGAUAAUAUUUCAAAUAAAUGUGGUCGUUAGAACUUUGCAUUAUUGUAAUUAUUGAUAUGUAAAACUGAGAUCUCAAUAGCCUACCUUUUCAGUUGUAGGGUUAAUACUGGUAGGUUUGGAAAUAUGAGAGGAGUUGUGUUGCAUAUGUUUAUGCAGGAAAAUAUUCAAAGUAUGUUGUGGAUUUCAACAAUGCUUAUAAAAAAUGUCUACCAGAAUUGUUUUACAAGCUAGUCAUCAAUGGACUGCGAGCUAGCAGUAUCUCAGCUUGGAACUAUUAGAGAUCCCUGGUCAACCUAAUUCCCAAACAUUCCAUGAAAGUAGGAACGUUUCAAAAAGCCCAUAUCCAUUGUAUGUGCUUGCUUGUUUUUUGUAUUCCUUUUGGUGUCAUAAUAUUUGUGAGGGUGUA